AGUGAAAUCAAGAGAAAAGCACUUUAGAAGCCUGGAAAGCUCUUGCAGUAGCAACAGCAAAGGGGGGAGAGGUUGGGAGCUAUCACACGCGAUUGCGUUAAAACAAUUUUUGACAGCGCAGGUUGGGAAAGGACGGAGCUGGGGAACCAGCCCCCGAUAUUGUUCCUCCCUUACCUUUUUUUCUCUUCCCCCCUCCCCCCCACCUUCUUAUUUUUUUAAUAUCUAAACUGGCACUCGAGCUGCAGCGGCGGGCCCGGGGGCGAGGCGGCUGGUGUAUCCGCCCGGCUCCAGCUCUCCGGCGCCCAGCGCGACCCUAAGCCCGCCGCGGUCCCGCUCCGAACUCGCGUCCCGGGGCAGCGCCGGGGCGGCCGCGCCGCUGCCCCCGCCUCGGCAGCGCCCGGCGGCUGGAGGGGGAGCGCUCCGAGGAGCCGGAGCGGCGGCGGCGGCGGCCGCACUCGGCGCCCGGGACAAUGGUGCUGGACAAGGAGGACGGUGUGCCAAUGCUAUCUGUGCAGCCCAAAGGGAAGCAGAAGGGCUGUGCUGGCUGCAACCGCAAGAUCAAGGACCGGUACCUGCUGAAGGCUCUGGAUAAGUAUUGGCAUGAAGACUGUCUAAAGUGUGCCUGCUGUGACUGUCGUCUUGGAGAGGUUGGAUCAACUCUUUACACAAAAGCAAAUCUCAUUCUUUGCCGCAGAGAUUACCUGAGGCUCUUUGGUACCACCGGGAAUUGUGCUGCCUGCAGUAAACUGAUCCCUGCCUUUGAGAUGGUGAUGAGGGCCAGAGAUAAUGUUUACCAUUUGGACUGCUUUGCCUGUCAGCUCUGCAACCAGCGAUUCUGUGUGGGAGACAAAUUUUUCCUGAAGAACAACAUGAUCUUGUGUCAGAUGGACUAUGAGGAAGGGCAGCUGAAUGGGAGCUUUGAGUCCCAGGUUCAAUAACAAACCCUGCUUUGCUGAAGCACUGUGGGAUGGGCGCUUGGCCGCGCGAGCAGCGAGGGUGCCUGUCAGCUUGCCUGAAAUAUUUUUUUAAUUCUUGGUCCAGAGAGGACUAUAUACAUUGUAGUACUUUUCCCCCCAACACAAAGCAGUUACAAUUUUAGAUGUACAGUUGUGCCUGCUUAGCUGAGCACUGCAUUGCCUGUAUGUUUGUGAGUUUUUGGGGUCUGGGGGAGGGCUCUGUACAGUCUGUUUUCUGUAUAUAAACUGGAACAUUUAUUUUAUGAAAAAUGUAAUGCAAUUUUAUUACUGGUGUGAAUUAAAAAUUAUGAAUGUUUCCUGG